AACUUGAAAUAAAAUUCCUAUAGUUUAAGGAAUAAUCUAACUAUAAUGGUAUUACUAAGAUUCACAAGGACAAAAACGUUUUGUAUAAAGUGUUAGAACCAUUUUCAGGGUUUGUUUUGAUGUGCGUGGUGUAGGUUACUUACUGAAGGAUGAAAGUCGACCGGUAUAUAAGCCGCCGCGCGAGCGGCGACAACCUUAUUUCGAGCCAGCCUACGAUGUCGGAGGUUGCCAACGGCUCGCCACUCGACGACAACUGUUUGGUCGAUAUGGACGCUUGCUAUGAGACCUUCGACAAGGAUGGAGACGGCAAGCUGAACCUCCAAGAGUUCCGCGUGAUCUGCAAAGCCCUCUUCCGUAACGACAAGGGCCUCAUCUACCCGCUCUCUGAAGAACGGGCGCGGCACAUCUUCCAGGUGUUUGACAAAAAUGGUGACGGGUUCAUAGACAAAGAGGAGUUCACUUUCUGCUGGAACCAUUGGAUCAAAGUGAUCGUGCGGCCGGUAAGCGCGUUCCUCGUGGUGGACGUCCAGAAUGACUUCAUCUCGGGCACGCUGAACAUCAGCAAGUGCAACGCCCAGCAAGAUGGUAGCGAGGUCGUAGAGCCCAUAAACCGACUUCUGGACACCAUCCCGUUCGACUGCGUCUUCUACUCCCUGGACUGGCAUCCGCCAGACCACGUGUCCUUCAUUGACAAUGUGCACCUUCGGGAACUUCACGUUUCCAGCCCUGUUUCAGCAGACAAAGCCGCUGCCCACGACACAGUAGUGUUCGCCGGGCCGCCUCCGAUGCGGCAGAGGCUGUGGCCGCGGCACUGUGUUCAGGAUACCUGGGGCGCUGAGCUACAUCCUGAUCUAAAGGUGGUCGACGGGGCCGUGAAAGUGUACAAAGGCACCAACCCCGAGGUGGACUCGUAUUCCGUGUUCUGGGACAACAAGAAGCUGAGCGACACCACCCUCUCGCACGAGCUGCGCGCGCGCGGCGCCACCGACAUCUACAUCUGCGGCCUCGCGUACGACGUGUGCGUCGGAGCAACAAUCGCGGACGCGCUCGCCAUCGGCUACCGCGCCGUCCUCGUCGACGACGCGUCGCGCGGCGUCGACCUCGCCGACAUCGAGAAAACGAAGAACACCAUCAUCAACAACAAUGGCGUCAUCGUCAAUUCAGACCAGGUGGCAGCCAUGGUGGACGGGCGCGACCGCCGGCCCGAGCUCGGCUACAAGCUGGCCAUGGAGCUCAAGUCCGCGCUGCACGACGCGCCGCAACAGUGAACCCUAUGCGCACCGCACAGAGUACACUUUACACCUACUACACUGAUAUCUUUAGGUAAUGUUUCCUUGUUUACACGUGAUCGUGUCGUUUAAUUUUGCACUCUAUUCUUUUGGAAGAAAGUUAAUUGUACUUUGCUUUUUCCAUCCACAAACAAGUCUUUAAAAGCACGUAAGGUAUAGUUCAGGUCAGGGUUCGGCAUCUUUUGAAGAAAACAGCCAACUGUAGUAGAAAAUCGUCAAUUUUAUGAAUGUCAAUUAAGAAGAUAUUCCACCUGUCCAAUUUCUUUGUCCAAUGUGACUCUCAUUAAGCAAAAUGUGAGAUAAAUAUAUAAGUAAAUAUUUGGGGAUAAUCCUACACAGAUCCUAGCCCCAAUCUAAGCAUAGUUUGUACGUAUAUAGAUAAAUACAUACUUAUAUACAUAGAAAAAAAGGUUUGUUCCUGGUUCGUCGUAUUCCUGUUUCGUCGGAUUCCUGAUUCGCCGUAUUCUUGUUUCGUCGGACUUAUAUACAUAUAAUUAAAUAUGUCGUGCAGUAAACCAGUAUUUACUAAAUAUGAAGAUUUACUGCUUAUGUUUAUGUAUAUAAUUCCGACGAAACAAGAAUACGACGAAAAAGGAAUCCGAUGAAACAGGAGUACGACGGACCAGGAACAAACCGAAAAAAUAUCUGUGUUCAUCACACAAAUAAAUGCCCUUACCAGCAUUGGAACCCGGGACCAUCGGCCACAUAGGCAGGGCACUACCCACUAGACCAGACCGAUCGUCCAAAUACACAUUAGACCAAGAAAUUGGACUGGUUGAAUACCAUCCUAAGCCACAAAAGUUGAUUUGACUAGUUCAAGUCCUAUAAGUGUUCAUUUUUUUGCGUUUGCCGACCACUGAUUUAGGUUUAGCACAAAUGUAUCUAGAUCUACACAGACUUUGCUGUGACAAAGUGGCAGUGCCACCAUAAACGACAAAUUUCUUUAAAACAUGUCCUCUAUAUUAGCUAGCUACACGUCGAAAUCGGUGCUAAGUCAGCUCAGACGGACUUUACCUAUGUUGCCUAACUUAUAUAUAUGUCGACGGCCGGUCGUAAGUUCAGGCAGAACGGGAUAUUCCUAGGCAUAUUGUAAACAUGAAAAUCUUUAUCUCGUUCCCUGAGUCGACGAAGCCCCGCUAGGCGGGGCUCCUAUUUCUAGACAGUUUGUUCUUCGGGCAUCAGAAGCAAACAACUUAUCCUACCUACCUACGAGUAUUGUUUAACAGAUAAGAUAAUUUAUUCCAUAACAAUUUUACAAUCAUGUCGGAAAUAUAUUUAACCUAUAAGUACUAAAAUGAAUCACAAUUCUAUAAAUAACAUGCAUAACUUAAACUAAAAUAUACAAAAUAAAAAAUAUUAAAAAUACAGUCGUAUAAAUGUCA